UUUCCCUCUUUUAAUUUUAAUUAACUUCACUUCCAAUUAAAUUACCAAUCUCAAAAUCCUCUUUUAAUUGCUAGUUAAUUCCUCCACCAUGAGCCCACCUAAAUCCUGUGAAAUCAAUGGCCCUCGCCCCUCCCCUCUCUUAAUCCACAAAGAUUCUCGUUUUAUUCGUAAGCCUCAGCUCCGGCAGCCGGUCAUCAUUUACACCCAUUCCCCCAAAAUCAUCCAUACCCAGCCUAAGGAUUUCAUGGCCUUGGUUCAACGCCUCACCGGCUUCAACCCACCGCCGCCCCCGCCGCCGUCUAAUGCCUUGUCGUUAUCGUUUUCAGAGAGAAAUUUUAACGACAAUGAUUCUUCGUCGGGUCUGACGACGGAGGAGGAGAUCAAUGAAUGUGGGGAUCAGAAACAGAGUGUGGUUUUGAAACAAUUAGUGCAGAGGCAGAGUAAUUCUUCCCUUCUUAGAUAUUCUUCUGAUGUUACGACGCCGUUUUCCUCCCCUGCUUUGAUUAAUUCCUUGUCCCCUUCUUUCAUGGAGUUUCUUAAAGCCCUCCCUGAAUUUUAAAUCAUCUUCAUUUCCAACCGUUUUUUCUUUUCUGGGAAUUUAAUCUUAUUCCUUCUUCUCUGUUCUUUACAUCAUUCUUAGUGUAUUCUACUUCCGUUCGAAAUUACAGAUUGUAUAAUUUGUGAAUUACUU